AUGUCGUUGACAGUUCGAUAUCGCUGGACAACUCCGCUCCGAGAAGCGCUCGUUAAAAGUGUGGGAAAACGUGAAAAAUUAUGGAAAAAAUUCCCAGUGGUUAGUCAUGAUAUGUCAGCACGAGCGAAACUUUGGUCGGAAGUAGCUGAAGAACUCAUGCAACAAUUCGAUGUACAUAUUGAUACUUAUGAUAUGAAGAAGACUUGGAAGAAUCUGAAAGAUAAUUAUUGGCGUAUUACCAAAGCCUUUGACACGGAACCAGAAAGAGCGAUGAAAUGGAAAUUCUACGAUGCAAUGCGAUUUAUGGAUAGAGCAAAUAUCGACGAAUCACACGGUUCGCAUAGCCCCAGUUCAGAUUCGCAUUGUUUACCUUCUUCGUCAGAUCGUAAACCAAAAUAUGUUGGCGUUGCUGAAGAUCUGUUGGAAGAACCCGACGACGUAGAAGACGACCAUUCGUCACCUCCACUAACUACAUCCACUCAUCCAGACGAUGAUAUUAAGGGAGACAACGGAACUGCUUUUACGCAACCAAGCGAAGAUGUACCACUUCAGUUAAAAGGAAUUAGUGGAAAUUCUGGAAGAUUUAGACGACGAGGAUAUCAAAUCAAGAAAGCACAGGAAUUUGUCCAAAUUUCUAUACCUGCUCUGGAUCGUUUUAUUAGUGCUAAACAAAGACUUCCAUUUGGCACAUUGAUUCAAUGUAUGCCUAUUGAUCAUACAGAAGAUAUUCUUACAUCUGAACUUGAACCCAUAUGGAAAAAGUUCAAAGAAGAAGCGAAAGAAGAAAUGAAAGCAAAGCAUGCAAUGUAUAACGCGUUGAAUGACAAAGAGCAAAUCACAGAAUGGGUUCGCAGGACGCUGCCAGAAGUUGAAAAUCCGGAGACGAAAUUACGCAUAAGCAUGGAUCUGGACAAUAAAUUCGUUGAUCUCAUCAAAAUGGUUCGAUUCAACUGCGAGUUAGGUGAUGAAAAUCGGGCUAUGGUUGUUAAUAGCGCGUCUCGAUUGCGAGGUAUCUACCACCAGGGCGCUUUCGCACUGUUCGUGAAACAAAAUAUGCCGAAAGGUACACUACAAAAACUUCUCGAUGCGUUUGAUGAUUUCGUUUAUAACAAACAACCAAGGGAUCCAGUGAUCUCUAAGGUUAUCGAAGAAUGCGAUCCUUCUGUACACACUGCUUUCGUCGCUCUUUUUUCGGUAAUUGAAAGAUACGGAGAUGAGCUAAAUAUGGAAUGUCCAGACAACCGCUGGGCGCGAGUAGAUAAGGAAUCUAAGGGAAAUAUCGAUCGCUCUUUCCAGAGAAGGAAAAGGAAGUAUGAUUUGGUGGACUUCAAAUCAGUUGAACAUGAUCGGAUUGCAAAUGCUCGUGCCAAGUUGGCCACUCAAAUUAAAAAUUACACAGCGACAGUGAAUUCUACGCAUGAUUUGUUGGCAAUGGUUGACGAAGGGGACCAUCAGACAAGAGCAGAACUUACCGAAACACUCAGAAGAGCUCAGGAAGCCUUAGAAAAAACCACUGAAGAGCAACAACAAUUGGAAGUGCACUACAGAGAAUUACAAAAUUUAAAAGCUGCAUUAAAUAGAAGAAAAGAAGCGGAGACCGCCUUAGAUCCUGAGACUGUUUGCACGCCAAUUGCAGCAACAGAUCUCCUUGAAAAUGGGGAAGAAACUUCACCUAUUGCUGCUGCAGAUCUUUUCGACAAUACGGUGAAAAAAGAACCGCAGUAA